AUGAAUUGCACUCAACAUAUAAAAUUUCCAAUAACAUCCAUUUGUAUUGCCCCUCACUAAUGCUAAUGCAAAAGAAAACUUUGUAUUGAUUGCCAAUAUCAACAUGGAGUUGAUAUUAUAUAUACAGUACCGACUCAUAGAUUUAGAGAUAUGGUUAUAAAGGAAAUAAAAGAAUCUAAGAUUGAUCAAAAUCCUGAAUUCACCGAAUAAAGAAAGAAUUUUUUAAAGAUUCUCUCUCAAAUUGAAAGCAUGCUUAAGAAUACUUGGCAAAAGUUAAAUGAAUCAAUUAAAAAAAUAUAUGAUACAAUUGAAAUUUAGGAUAAAUCAUUUUUGAAAAUUAUGUACGACAAUUUCAAUCCUAUAGAUUUGUCAAAUACUGACUUAGAGAAAUUAGUAUAAAUUGUAUAAGGAAAAAAAUUAAAUGAAUGGAAAACAUAGAAGAAUUCUUAUUUUUAGAAGUUAUAAAAUUUAAAGGAGUGUUUGGAGAAAGCAAUUUAGGCUUCUAAUGAUAAGUUGAAGAAAAAUAUGAAAGAAAAUGUUCCAUUAGAGAUUAUAGCAAAAUAAUAAUAAAAUCUAAUUGAAACUCCACCUUAACUCAAUCUUAAACCAUUUAGUUAUUAGAUAAUAUAAGCUAAUUCUAUUAAAUAACAAGAAUCUUGUUGGGCAUUUGCUAUUAUUAAAGAUUGUUCACUUAUAGCAACAGUGUGUAAUAAAUUAAUUAAAAUAUAUGAAUUCAAAUAAGGAAUGUUGAAAUUAAAUCAAGNCUUAAUAAACGAAAAUUUAUUACCCUGA